AUCGUUUAUAUACAUUCAACGAUGGAAAUAUUGUCUUCAAUCGACUACAACGAUUCUUGAUGCCGUUUGUGAACAUUGCACAAACCUUAGAUAUUUUGAAUGUGAUGCAGAAAUAGGAUCAACGGAGCAACUAACGUCAGUCUUCACAUCAUCACCAUUUCUUGAAACGAUCAUCAUAAGGAAUAAGAGAAUUCUAUUGAAUAUAAAUGAAUUAUUAGAACAAGUUAAGUUGAUCAGAUUAUGCUAUUUAGAACUCGAAGGACCAAUGAAAUUUUCAUCAGAAGCAUUGGAUACCUUUCUUAGACGUUCGAAACCACCACUUUAUACUUUUGUGUUGAUUAAUUCUCAAUGCUUUGAAGAUGAACAUCUUGAGGUUUUAUUACAACAUUUAAGCGGUACAUUGUGCAAGAUUGAUCUUAAAGGGACACAUAAACGGUUGAGUAAGGAUUUAAGAAACCAAACUCGUCAAGUCGUCAAAGAUUUUUAUUAUAAAACUAUGGAUCGAGCAGCAUAA